CCAGGUUUAGUUGGAAAUGCAAGAGAGCGAAAUCCAAGAGGACAAAUUUCCGUCGUUGGCGUUGGCGCAAAAAUUUCUAACGUAAAUCGAAAAGUUCACCCUCAAACCAUAACCGUACCCUCCGAUUUCUUGAUUUCUUCUUCCUUUUUCCUGUUUCUUUCGUUUGUUUUUGUGUCUCUCGGAUUUCGAGCUUCCAGGGAAGAGAUGUGGGAACCGAUUUGUUUAACUUUGGCGGCCGCCGCCGGCAACAACAUCGGCAAAGUACUGCAGAAGAAGGGCACCGUCAUUCUUCCUCCUCUCUCUUUCAAGCUCAAGGUGAUAAAGGCUUACGCUUUUAACAAAACUUGGAUCAUAGGUUUUCUAAUGGAUAUAUUUGGAGCUGUUCUAAUGCUGAGAGCGCUAUCCCUCGCCCCUGUAUCUAUAAUUCAACCAGUUUCUGGUUGUGGGCUUGCCAUACUCUCUGUAUUUUCACAUUUUUAUCUGAAGGAAAUAAUGAAUGCCGUUGAUUGGAUGGGGAUUACGCUUGCUGGCAUUGGCACCAUAGGGGUUGGUGCUGGAGGCGAGGAGCAAAAGGCCUCUGCAAUAUCAAUCUUCCAUUUACCAUGGCUGGCAUUCAUCAUUACCAUCUUGUUUGUUCUUCUUAAUGGAUGGCUUCAUUUCUACAAACGUCAAAGGAGAGAACAAGAGUUGAUGGAAUUUGAAGUUGUUGAAGAAAUAAUAUACGGCUUGGAAUCUGGCAUUUUGUUCGGGAUGGCAUCUGUGAUAUCAAAGAUAGGAUUUCUAUUCUUGGAGCAGGGCUUCCACGAGAUACUGGUUCCUAUAUGCAUCCUGAUAAGUAUUUGUUGCAGUGCUACUGGAUUUUACUAUCAGACUCGAGGACUAAAACAUGGGAGGGCGAUUGUGGUAUCUACAUGUGCUGCUGUGGCAUCCAUUGUCACUGGUGUUGUUGCUGGUAUGCUUGCUUUGGGUGAAGAAUUGCCCUCAUCACCAACUGCUCGCCUCUUCCUUCUGCUUGGAUGGUAAACUAGAAAUACAUAUCUGUUCUAUAUAUUCCACGUCACUUGACUUCAAUCGAUAAAGAAAAAUUAUAAUUACUUCCCAAGUUUAAGAUGACUGACCAGACUUAUUUUAUA